UUAAUUCUUAGAGAAAAUCCCCCUUGAAAUGUCGUCUACAGAUAAUGCUCCACCGUCGAAGCCGCCAGUUCUCGACGCUACGCUGCAGGCCUUCGGAUUCGAGGUCGAUCAGGUCUCUUCUCACAAAGUUUCCGGUCGUCUUCUCGUUUCUCCGAUCUGCUGUCAGCCGUUCAAAGUGCUUCACGGAGGCGUAUCGGCGUUAAUCGCAGAGUCUCUGGCGAGUAUGGGCGCUCAUACGGCGUCCGGCUACCAGAGAGUCGCCGGAAUUCAUCUCAGUAUUAAUCACUUGAAGAGCGCCGCCCUCGGCGACCUCGUUCUCGCCGAAGCCGUUCCUGUCACCGUCGGUAGAACCAUUCAGGUAUGGGAUGUCCAAUUGUGGAAGGAUUUGAAAGAGAGAAAAGUUGUCGUGUCCACUGCAAGGGUAACUCUUCUUUGCAAUAUGCCUGUUCCAAAACAUGCUGAAAAUGCUGCUGAUGCCCUUAAGAGCUUUUCAAAAUUGUAAUAAAUUUUAGUUCAGCAGUUACAGAGGUGGUGAAUUCAUGUUUAUAUGGUAAUUAAUGUCUUGUCCAUUCAAAAUUGUAAUUAGUGCCUACGUAUUCCAUCAAUCAUAUUAGGAUUCAUUUAAAGUAAAUUUGAAAAUUAUAACCUUUUUAUACUUAUAUAUUUCUUCUCUUUCUUUCGUCAAA